CUCUUCAGCUCCCUUUCUUAUAUUAGAUCUUGGGUCAAUCUUUCUCCCAAUCCGUAGAUUUUAAUUUCCUUAAUCUUUCUGAUUUAAAGUUCCAACUCCACUGCGAUACGUCUCACCAUCCGCUAUUGAUUUGACAUGGGAAAAGAAAGCCACCAGACAUGGUUUUCCCCUCACCUCUCCAUCUCCCCCUCUCCCCAUAGUUCUUGGGUCUAUUUGGCCUUCUAGACGGCUUCUACUCUUUCUCUAUCUCCCUCCUCCUUCCCCUUCUACCACCCACUUCUUUCCUUAUAUUUUAUCUCUCCUGGUUUCCUUUUGGGCUUGUUCGGUUGGGGGAUGGACGAAUUCUCCCACUUGGGUGGUGGGAACACUAGGCGGUCUCUCAUAUACCUUUCCUCCCCGUCUGCUGCCAACGGCACCACUAUGGCAUCACCUACUCCACCACGGAGCUCCGAUGCCUAUGGACUGAGCUUCUGCCCUGCUGCGCUGCUCCAAAACCCUAGCCCUCCAAUCUUCAAAGACGAGGCUGGCUCCUCCCAGUACCAGUCUCAGAAGCACGGGGAGACGUAUCAGGGUGACGUGGAGGGUAUCAAGGCCAAGAUCAUCUCCCAUCCUCAGUACCCGAGCUUAUUGGGAGCUUAUAUGGACUGCCAAAAGGUGGGAGCACCACCAGAGGUGAUCGCCCGGCUCUCGGCCAUCGCCCGAGAGCUUGAGGGAUGCCCUGGCUGCCCAAAGGGGGCAUCCGCCGACCCCGAGCUUGACCAGUUCAUGGACACCUACUGUGACUUGCUAGUUAAGUACCGGGAGGAGCUAGCGAGGCCAUUGCAGGAGGCCACAGACUUCCUAAAGAAUAUGGAGUCACAGUUUAAUUCUCUCACCAACGGAGCCUGGGCUUGCUCCUUCUCUACUGAUGAGAAAUGUCAAGGUGUUGGCUCAUCCAAACUCUGGGAGAUUGACCCCCAUGGCGAGGACAAAGAGCUGAAGCGCCACCUUCUGAAGAAGUAUAGCGGGUACUUGGGCAGCCUUAGGCAAGAGCUAUCCAAAAAGAAGAAGAAAGGGAAGCUGCCAAAGGAAGCGCGACAAAAACUACUCCAUUGGUGGGAGCUGCACUACAGAUGGCCAUAUCCUUCAGAAAUGGAGAAGGACGCCUUGGCAGAAUCAACAUGCCUCGAUCCAAAACAGAUCAACAAUUGGUUCAUAAACCAAAGGAAGCGGCAUUGGAAGCCAUCGGAGGACACACAAUUUACUGUGAUGGAUGGAUUCCAUCCACAGAAUGCUUCUGCUGGUGCUUUCUUCGUGGAAGGACAGUUCAUGGGUGAUGGCAUGUACCGCCUUGGCCCAUGAUUUAUGCCUGGUACAACCGACCUAAAAUUCUUCUAAGGCAUAGAUGAGUUUAAAUGAUGUCAUGUUAAAUUUGGUGGCUGGGACAACAAUGAGAUCAACAGUUGCUAUGUUGUCAUCCUAAACGAACUCAAGAUCUCACAGCUAGAGGGGAUUCAAUGAUUCAACCAUGAUUAUUUAUUGUUUUUGAUAUUUGAACGGAACUUGUUUUAUAAGACGUGCAAUUACAAUCUA